AUGAAGUUGUACGCCAUCGUGAUCCUUUUCGCCUGCUGUCUUCUGGCGGCACAGGCGGCACCCGAGAAGAAGAUGGCCCAGAAGUCGCGUCAAGCCGACCAGGACGUCAAGGUGGGCCAGGCCGCUUCCAGCGCUGGUGCAUCGACCACUGCCAAGGAUCCCUCCAGUGGCAGGCUGUUCCUCAAAAAGUUCCUGACCUUCAAGAACCUGUUCAGCAGCAGCAACCAGCCGGUGAUCCCGAUCAUUAUCACCGGUGCCGGAACCGGGACGUCCACUGGCACAACCUCACCCACAUCGCCCACGGUGACGGUGACCUCAACGGGCACGAUUCCCUCGGCCACUGGCACCAUCACCACAUCGCCCACGACACCCACCUCGCCGACAACAACAACCGCACGGCGAACGGUUAUCAAGGGUGCCCGCUAUGGCAGCAACGAUGACGAACAGGAGCUGAAUCACGAACAGGAUCAGGACCAGGAUCAGGAUCAGGACCAAGAACAGGACCAGGAGCUGGCCCAGCCCGCCCAGGCCUACCCCGCCGAGUUGAUGGACGAGCAGGCUCUGCAGGCCGCCCUGGCCGCUGGCGCCCAAGAAUACGAGGUGGUCACCUCCGGCCACGAUGUGCAGGGAACUAGCGGAGCCACCGGCGAGGGAGCCAAGGCCACCCAAAGCAAUAACCACAUCAGCCUGCGACGCAAGGGCGCCCGCCGCGGCCAGGUGAUCAGCGUUCGCAUCCCGCCCCGGUACCGUCGCUACUUCAAGAACGGCCAGAAGGUGAUGCUCAACACCGGUAGUCGUCCCGCCUCCAAGCGCCGCGUGGUCCGCAAGCGAGUGCCUGCCAAGAAGAUCAACAAGAACAACAACCGGAGGCGCAACGGCAACAAGAAGAACCGUCGCAAUCGCAACAAGAACCGCCGCAACCGCAUCACCGCCGUCUAA